AGAGAGAAGGACCACGCACGCAAAAUAUAGCCCCUUAGACUCCACCCGCUUGCUGGAAAAUGGAGAGACUCUCUCUCUUUCUGGACAACCAGAGGUUCCAUCGACGGGACUUUUGGCUCUUCCGCUGCUGUAUUCUAUCUUCCAAGAAAGAAACAACGUGAGAGCGAGGGAAGGGAGAUUUUCUGGGAUGUCGUUUUCUUGGGUUGGAGGGAGGGAGGGAGAGAGGAGAGAGAAGUCUGGGCUAUUUUGGCUUUUCUGCAGAACCUGGCCAUAAUAUUGGGGAAACUAAUUUCUCCUAAUAUUAUACAUUGAUAAAGUAGAGGAUGAAGGUAGGGUUUGAGGGAAGGGAAAGAAAGAGAGAGAGUGACCAAGCACCCAAACCAAUCUUUGGUGAGGAUGGUGGUGGUGGUGGUGCAAUAGUUGCAGCAAUGAUAACAACGCCGAAGUUACCGGACCGCCAGCCCACCAUGACCGUCGAGGGGGCGGCAGCGGAUCAGGAGAUCAUAUCGUGGUUCGAAGGGUUGGCCGAGAACGCGGGGAUGGUCCAGACGCAGACGCUCCGCCGCAUCAUCGAGCUCAACCACCGCACCGAGUACCUCCAGAAGUGGCUCGGCCGCGACCUCCGGGUCCAAGACCUGGACCCCGCCGCGCUGGAGUCCCUCUUCAGCUCCUCCGUCCCUCUCGCCUCCCAUGCCGACCACGAGCCCUACAUCCAGAGGAUCGCCGAUGGGGAUACAUCUCCCCUCCUCACCCAGGAGCCCAUCACCAUGCUCUCCCUCAGUUCAGGAACCACCGAUGGGAGGCCCAAGCAGGUGCCCUUCACGCGCUUCUCCUCUCAGUCAACUCUUCAAAUCUUUAGAUUGGGAGCUGCCUAUAGAUCAAGGGUGUUUCCCGUAAGGGCUGGAGGAAGGAUUCUGGAGUUCAUCUACAGCAGCAAGCAGUUCCAGACAAAGGGAGGCCUCACGGUUGGCACGGCAACCACCCACUACUUCGCGAGCGAGGAGUUCAAGACCAAGCAAAAGAGCACCAAGUCCUUCACCUGCAGUCCCUACGAGGUGAUCGCGGGGGAAGACUACAAGCAAUCCACCUACUGUCACCUCCUCCUCGGCCUCGCCUUCAGCGACCAGGUCGAGAUCAUUGCCUCCACCUUCGCCUACAGCAUCGUCCAGGCCUUCAUCGCCUUUGAAGAGCUGUGGGAGGAGCUGUGCGAGGACCUCAGGGAAGGGACCCUCAGCACCAAGCUCACUUCGCCCGAGAUGAGGAGGGCGGUGAUGGACUGCCUCACCCCCAAUGCUUCUCUGGCUUCCAAGAUCGAGAAGAAGUGCAGACAGCUCGAAGAAUCGAACUGGAGCAACCUGAUACCUAAUCUGUGGCCAAACGCCAAGUACAUCUACUCCAUUAUGACAGGGUCGAUGCAGCCUUACCUGAAGAAGUUAAGGCACUAUGCUGGGGACUUGGCAUUGGUUUGUGCGGACUAUGGGUCCACUGAGAGCUGGAUUGGGGUGAAUUUGGAACCAUCUGAUGCCCCGGAGAGGGUGACUUUUACGGUGAUUCCCACUUUCUCUUAUUUUGAGUUUAUCCCUCUCUACACACGGAAGGAGCGAGACCACAGCACUUCGGCGGUCACUGAUGACUUUGCGGAGCGUGAGCCAUUGCCGCUGUCCCAAGUUAAGGUUGGGCAGCAGUAUGAGGUUGUCCUCACCACUUUCACGGGCCUCUACAGGUAUAGGCUUGGAGACGUGGUGGAGGUAGCGGGAUUUUACAAAGGGGCACCCAAAUUAACGUUUAUUUGCAGGCGGAAGCUAAUAUUGACCGUGAACAUCGACAAGAACACCGAGAGGGACCUGCAGAUAGUGGUGGAGAAAGGGUCCAGGCUCCUGAGACAGACCAGGGCCGAGCUGGUCGACUUCACCAGCCAUGCAGACCUUGCAGUGCAUCCAGGCCACUACGUGAUCUUCUGGGAGGUCAAAGGCGAGGCCGAGGACAGCGUCCUCAACGCAUGCAGCCGGGAAAUGGAUGCGGCUUUCGCAGACCGUGGCUACGUGGUCUCGAGGAAAACUGGGUCGAUCGGGCCCUUGGAGCUCCGAAUUGUGGAGAGCGGGACGUUCCGGAGGAUACUGGAGUACUACAUUGACCAUGGUGCUGCCAUGAGCCAGUUCAAGACCCCCAGGUGCACCACCAACCAGGUGCUGCUGGGGAUCCUGGACCGGUGCACCGUCAGGCGCUUCCGGAGCACUGCCUAUGGGUGACUGAUCAUUGUCAUCCCUCCUAGUGUAGCUUUUGAAUCACUACUUAGCAUGCUUAACUCAGUUGCUAGAUGAUUUGUGUGUGUGUAUAAUAUAAUAUAAUAUUAUAUAUAUAUAUAUAUAUAUAUAUAUAUAUAUAUAUAUAUAUAUAUAUAUAUAUAUAGUAUGUAUGUAUGCAUAUGUAUAUGUAUAUAUGAGGACCUUUAUUAGUGUGCAAUGUACAGAUCUUUAAAGA